AGGAGGAGGAGGAGGGAGAGAGGGGGCAUCUUGCUCUUGUUCUCGUUAUUCGGACUCUGUGAGCAGCAGGGACCUGAACGCCACACAGCCACACUUUCUGGUCUUGUUCUCCGCGCAGCGUCGGGUUCCGGAGCCCGCGGAGUGCAGAGGAGCCAGUCACACACGGCUCUGUGCCUUCUCCUCUCCGUCCUCGCUCCUUGUUUCCAGGCUGGAGGAAACUGUUGGACCCUGCCUGACAUGAUUUAUCCGCAGGUGUGACCACAUUCCGUGUUUUCUCAAGUAUGACAUCAGGGCCGCGCGCAGUCUCCAGAGGCGGAAUACCGGGCUAGCCCGUCGGAGUUAACGGGGUGCCGCUUGUCCUCCCUCGGCUGACGGUGCGCCUUUUUCUUCUCUUUCUUUUCCUCUGAAUUGUCGGCAUGGGUGCAACAAGCGAGCGUGGCUGCGUGCCGCGGCGGCAGCUCUGCGCACACUUCGGACGGAUGAGGCACCGGUGAAUCAGUGCUUUUGCUUUGUGUGUCUGCGUGUGCACCUGCGGGAUUACCCAACACCUGUCUUUAUCUACGACUGCUUUAAUCUGCCGGAUCGAGGACAACAAUGAACUGGGUUGCUGGGUUCGUGGAACUCUCGUAAAAAGUGUCCUGCACCCUGCAGCGGUUCUACGUUUCGUGGCGGAGCCGCUUGGAUCGAACUGUCCGUGUGGAGGAAAACAGAGCACAUGAUGCGCGGCCGCUCGAAUCAUCUCCCCGCGGUCAAACCGGGUUUUUCAUUCCGGGUGCUGUGGAUGCUUCAGGCGUUCGUGGAUCUGGCCGGCUCCCAGGAGAUUUACGCGCCGCACUCGAUCCGGGUGGAGGGCGACGUGACGCUGGGGGGGCUCUUCCCCGUCCACGCCAGGGGGGUCCCGGGGAUGCCGUGCGGGGACAUCAAGAAGGAGAACGGCAUCCACCGGCUGGAGGCGAUGAUGUACGCCUUGGACCAGAUUAACGGCGACGACGAGCUGCUGCCCAACGUCACCCUGGGCGCCCGGAUCCUGGACACCUGCUCCCGGGACACGUACGCGCUGGAACAAUCGCUGACUUUCGUUCAGGCGCUCAUCCAGAAGGACACGUCGGACGUCAGGUGCACCAACGGGGAGCCGCCGGUGUUCGUCAAGCCCGAGAAAGUUGUGGGGGUCAUAGGAGCGUCGGCAAGCUCGGUGUCCAUCAUGGUGGCCAACAUACUGCGCCUGUUCCAGAUCCCUCAGAUCAGCUAUGCAUCCACCGCCCCGGAGCUAAGCGAUGACCGCCGCUACGAUUUCUUCUCUCGAGUGGUCCCCCCGGACAGUUUUCAGGCCCAGGCGAUGGUGGACAUUGUCAAGGCCAUGGGCUGGAACUACGUGUCCACCGUGGCCUCAGAGGGCAGCUAUGGGGAGAAGGGGGUGGACGCCUUCAUGCAGCUUUCCAGAGAAGCAGGUGGAAUCUGUAUCGCUCAGUCACUGAAGAUCCCGCAUGACCACAAACCCUCAGACUUUGAUAAAAUCAUCCGCCUGCUGCUGGACACUCGGUACGCCCGGGCAGUCGUCCUGUUCGCCUCUGAUGAGGACAUCAGGGGGAUCCUGAAUGCCAGCAAGCGAGCGGACCAGGUGGGUCACUUCCUGUGGAUCGGGUCCGACAGCUGGGGGGCCAAGAACAGUCCCAUCCACCAGCUGGAGGACGCUGCCGUGGGAGCUGUCACCAUUCUGCCGAAGAGAGCCACCAUCAGCGGCUUCGAUGCGUACUUCACAUCACGGACUCUGGAGAACAACAGGAGGAACGUGUGGUUUGCUGAGUACUGGGAGGAGAACUUCAACUGCAAACUGAUGAGCUCCUCAAAGAAGGAUGACAGCAGCAGGAAGUGUACAGGUCAGGAGCGUAUCGGCAUCGAUUCCAAGUACGAGCAGGAGGGUAAGGUCCAGUUUGUGAUCGAUGCGGUGUACGCCAUGGCCCACGCCCUCCACAACAUGCAGAGGGACCUGUGUCCAGAGAACUCCGGCAUCUGUCCCGAGAUGGAUCUGGCUGGAGGGAAGAAACUGCUCAAGUACAUCCGCAGCGUCAGCUUCAACGGAAGUGCUGGUACUUCAGUGACAUUCAACCGUAACGGCGACGCUCCUGGACGCUACGAUCUGUUUCAGUACCAAUGGAAUAAUGUCAGCGGGUCGGGCUACCGCGUGAUUGGACAGUGGACUGAGACCCUGCAGCUCAAUAUUGAGGAAAUGCAGUGGCCUCGAGGGGAGCAGGACGUCCCCAGCUCCGUGUGCAGCCUUCCCUGUAAAACUGGUGAGAGGAAAAAGGUGGUGAAAGGCAUGGCCUGCUGUUGGCACUGCGAGCCCUGCGACGGUUACCAGUACCAGUACGACGAGUUCACUUGCAAGCUCUGCUCCUACAACAUGAGGCCCAAUGCCAAUCGCACAUCCUGCCAGCCUAUACCCAUCAUAAAACUGGAAUGGCACUCACCCUGGGCGGUGAUUCCAGUUUUCCUGGCCAUGCUCGGGAUCAUCGCUACGAUCUUUGUCAUGGCUACGUUCAUACGAUACAACGAUACACCGAUCGUCCGAGCGUCCGGCAGGGAGCUGAGUUACGUCCUCCUGACGGGGAUAUUUUUGUGUUACAUCAUCACAUUCCUCAUGAUUGCCAAGCCAGAUGUUGGUGUGUGUUCAUUCAGAAGGAUUUUCCUCGGUCUGGGUAUGUGCAUCAGCUACGCCGCCCUCCUCACCAAAACCAACCGCAUCUAUCGAAUCUUUGAGCAAGGGAAAAAGUCGGUGACGGCACCCAGGCUGAUCAGUCCCACCUCCCAGCUGGCAAUCACAUCCAGCCUCAUCUCUGUCCAGCUGCUGGGGGUGUUCAUCUGGUUUGUGGUGGAUCCGCCAAACACCAUCAUAGACUAUGAUGAGCAGAAGACCUUCAACCCGGAUCUAGCACGCGGGGUGUUGAAAUGUGACAUCACGGAUCUCCAGAUUAUCUGUUCUUUGGGUUACAGUAUCUUAUUGAUGGUGACGUGUACUGUUUAUGCCAUAAAAACCCGCGGCGUCCCGGAGAAUUUUAACGAGGCCAAGCCCAUCGGUUUCACCAUGUACACCACCUGCAUUGUAUGGCUGGCCUUUAUACCCAUCUUCUUUGGCACGGCUCAGUCUGCAGAAAAGCUGUACAUCCAGACGACCACGCUGACCAUCUCCAUGAACCUGAGUGCGUCCGUGGCCCUCGGGAUGCUCUACAUGCCCAAAGUCUACGUCAUCAUCUUCCACCCAGAGCUCAACGUGCAGAAGAGGAAACGUUCCUUCAAAGCUGUCGUCACAGCCGCCACCAUGUCGUCCCGUCUGUCCCACAAGGCCAGCGACAGACCCAACGGAGAGGCCAAGACGGAGCUGUGUGAGAACGUCGACCCAAACAGCUAAUUUCAUAAUUUAUCGGAGGUCCAGCAGCAAAGAAAAAAUAUGUGAGCUACGACGAGUUAGUGAUCUGAGAGGCGAGACUGGAGAGGGAAAAGAGCUGCAGACGCCUGGUCUCCUGCCCAGGACGGAGAGAACAAUGUGUUUCCUUUUCUUUUGUUCUUUAUUUUGUUGGUCUCAUGUGCUUCAUUGCCCACCGCAGACGUUCAGAUGCUAAAGCAAAGCAUUGUGGGACUUUCCUUUGGGCACAUAAAUGGGUCAAAGAGAAGACAGAAAACAGAGACGUACCAAAAAAAGACAUGUUGGGCGAUUGUAAGAAAAUAAAAAAUCUUUUAGUCAGCGAUGAUGGCGAUGAUGGCGAAGGACAUCUUGCGGCCUCUGGGCUGUGAAGCGGCGCUCUCGGAGCUCCACGCUGCGCCGCUCUCUGCUGUUGAUGUCAAACAAAGCAGCCGUCCGGGCCUGACGUGACCUUUCGGCAGAGCCCGCCUCCUCUCGUCUUUUAAUGUACUUCCAAACUGCAAGUUUUCCAACCUUCGUCCACCCGUGUGUCGUCCCGUAUGGCUUCUAUGUUGGCCUUCUUUGGUUGUUGUUUUUCUUUCUUUCUUUCUUUUUCUUUGAAGACAACAAUGUUUAUGAUGAUGAUGUUUUGCUCUUGCUUCUUGGAUGCACAUUGUUUGUUUGUUUGUUUUUAAUAAAGCCAUAUUCUCCACUUUGA